AAGAUGCGAUGGAAGAAGAAGAACGUCAUCAAGUUCAUCUCGAGCUCGAAGGCUCAUCUUCCGGCGGCUCUGACGCCGGCACCGACGCCGGAGAAAGUGUUUCUCCCGGUACCUCAUCCGCCGAAGCAGCCGCCUUUGCCUCCGCCGCCGACUCUUUCUCUCUCUCCGUCUCUCCGCCACUCCCAAUUCGUCACCUUCCUGGAGACCAACUUGCCUCACUACCAAACCCUAACUCCACAAAAUCUGCUCAUCUUUCUCCGGUCGAAGCUUCGCCAUCACCCGCUCUUCGCGCAUUAUGACUUCGCCGUUUUCAAUUGGGCUGCCACGCUCGACACCUUCCGGCAUGAUCACGACACUUUCCUCUGGAUGGCGAGAUCGCUCGCCGCGACGCAGCGUUUCGCCGAUCUCGAUCGCCUCCUCUCAUUCAUCGCCGCGAAUCCGUGUCCAUGUUCCUCAGGUAUCUUUUCUUGUCCACAUCUGGAACCGAUAUUCCGGUCAGCCAUUGAUGCUUGCUGUAGAGCUGGGAAAAUGGAUUCUGCGUUGUUAGCAUUUGAUACGAUGAAGAGACUGAUUGAUGGGAAACCAAAUGUUGGUGUUUACAACACUGUCAUCAAUGGAUAUGUGAAAUGUGGAGACGUUGAUAAGGCAUUAUGGUUUUAUGAGCGGAUGAUGAAGGAGAGAGUGAAGCCUGAUGUCUGCUCAUUCAAUACCUUGAUCAAUGGCCAUUGCAGGAGUUCGAGGUUUGAUAUGGCCUUGGACUUGUUCAGGGAGAUGAAGGCAAAAGGUUGCAACCCAAAUGUGGUUAGUUUCAAUACUCUGAUCAGGGGUGUUUUGGGGAGGAACAAGAUUGAGGAGGGGAUCAAAAUGGCGUAUGAGAUGAUCGAACUAGGGUAUAGAUUCUCGGAGGCUACUUGCGAGAUUCUCGUUGAUGGGUUGUGUAGAAAAGGCCGUGCUGAUGAUGCUUCGGAAUUGGUGAUUGACUUUUCGAACAAAAGGGUUAUUCCAAAUGAGUUUGAUUAUGCCAGUCUCAUCGAGAAACUCUGCAGAGAUGACAAGGCAGAUCGAGCAAUGGAAAUGAUGGAUAAGUUGUGGAAGAACGGUCACCUUCCAAGUUUAAUCGCUUGUACCACUCUUGUCGAGGGUUUGAGGAAGUCGAAGAGAGCAGAAGCAGCGUCGACAUUGACAGAGAGGAUGCUGAAGGAGGGUAUGUUGCCUGAUACGUUGACCUUCAACCUGCUUCUUCAGGAUCUUUGCAACAUAAAAAGAACCGUCGAUGCAAACAGAAUGAGGGUGUUGGCAUCGAGCAAGGGAUUUGAACCAGAUCAUACGACAUACUAUGUUCUAGUUUCGGGUUUCAAAGAAGAGGGAAGAAGAAAGGAAGGGGAAGCCCUGGUGAAUGAGAUGUUGGAUAAAGACAUGUUACCUGAUAUUUUUACGUAUAACAAGCUGAUGGAUGGUUUGUCCAACCACGGGAAACCGUCGAAGAAGCAAGUCUGGGAUGGGAGCCGAUGAGACCCCAAGUGAAUCGGGCACAGUAGCCUGUCAGACCCGUGCUGCUUUUCUGGCUACCAGAGUGCUGUAAACAAAGGUAAGCUGUGUAAACUUACAGACCAAGAAGUUAGUACAAGUAACAGAUAAUGCAGUGUUGGUUGGGAGGAAUAGACAGGAAGGACUCAAUUUCUUGUGUUUGUGUUAUCAUAAUGUGACUCAAAACAUUAUGCAUUGAUAGAUUGGGUAUACGGGUCGCAUACCCAAGUUUUUUGGUGUACUCGAUCCAGGUUUCAUAGUC